AUGGGAAGAACCAGCUUGGUGUUGCUUAUCCUACUGAGCAUGGAAAUGAAGGAAACCCUGGGGUGCUUCUGUGACCAUUAUCCCUGGAGUUCCUGGUCCAGCUGCUCAAAGACUUGCAAUUAUGGAACUCAAAGCAGAUCGAGAAACCGGAACUACAAUGACUAUUAUUUCAAGAAUUCGUGUGGCACGUUGUGUACAUGGAGUGAAUCUCGGGCAUGUAACCAGCAGGCGUGCCCUAUCAACUGCCAGCUCAGUGACUGGGGAGGUUGGUCAGAGUGCGAUCCAUGCGUUAAAAAGCAAAUUCGUGUCAGGUCUCUGCUGCACCCAUCACAGUUUGGGGGUCAAGCCUGUGCCGAACAGAUGCAAGAUUUCCGGAAGUGCUUCCCGACAAAAUUAUGUAACAUAGAGGAAAUUAAUUGUGAGCAUAGAUUCCAGUGUGAAAAUGGACGCUGCGUUUCCAGAAAACUAGAAUGUAAUGGAGAAAAUGAUUGCGGAGACAAUUCUGAUGAAAGGGAUUGUGCGAGGAUAAAGCCCGUGUGCAACAAACGAGCCCACAGCCUGCCCAGUGCCCAGCUCAUAGGCCUUGGAUAUCAUCUAAUGGCUGGAGAAACCCGAGGGGAAGUCCUGGAUUAUUCCUUCAGUGGAGGGACCUGUGUCCUGGUGAAGAGUGAAAGGAAUACAUUUCGUGUGCCUGCAAACCUGGAGGCUGUCAGUUUUGAGGUAAAAAAUGAAGAAGAUGAUUUGCAAACACAUUACUAUACAGACCUAAAACCCUUCGUACAUGAUCAUACAGAAAGUAGGCAUUCCUCGGGACGGGGUAGUACAACUUCAGGACUCCCGGUUUUCUGGGGAUCGAAAACAAACCAAGAAUCUGCAUCAUCUUCUUCCUUCCGUGAAGCAAUUAAGGCAUCCCAUAGCAAGAACUCCAACUUUAUUCGGAUCCACAAGGUGGUUGCGGUGUCAAACUUCACAGUGAAGUCUUCAGACUUGCAGCUCUCUGGCGUGUUCCUAAAGGCCCUCAACGGCCUGCCGCUGGAGUACAACUAUGCCCUCUACAGCCGGAUAUUUGAAGAUUUCGGGACUCAUUACUACACUUCUGGGUCAAUGGGGGGGAAAUAUGAUCUCCUUUAUCAGUUUGACGAGGAGCAGACAAAAACCUCAGGUUUAACAGAAAAACAAAGGGUAGACUGUGUGCGGAGAGAGACAAAGCGCUAUAUAUUCUUCUUUCCUAGAACAGAAGUUUAUCAUUAUUGCUCCAGCAGUCAAACGACGGAGAGCUCCGAAGGUUCCACUUUGAAGUCAUCUGAACGGUCUGUUUCCCUGGUAAAGGGUGGACGGGCUCAGUAUGCUGCAGCGUUAGCCUGGGAGAAGAAAGGACCUUUCCCAGGGCAAACUGUCUUUUCUGAUUGGUUGAACUCAGCCAAGGAAAAUCCGGUUGUGGUUAAGUUCGAGGUGGCCUCCCUUUUGGAUUUGGUAAAGAACAUCCCGUGUGCUGUGACAAAACGCAGACAUCUCCACAGGGCUCUUUCAGAAUAUACGGAGAGAUAUGACCCAUGCCGGUGUUCUCCUUGUCCCAACAAUGGGCGACCUGUUUUGUCUGGAACUGAAUGCCUGUGUGUGUGUCAGGCUGGAACUUAUGGUGAUAACUGUGAGAUACGAGCACCAGAUCACACAUCAGUUGCAGUAGAUGGAUACUGGAGCUGUUGGUCUGCCUGGAGUCCCUGUGAUGCCUCUUUGAAGAGGCGAAGGGCCCGGCAGUGUAACAACCCCUCACCCCUGAAUGGAGGAAAGCCUUGUGAAGGCGAAGAAGAACAGGAAGAAGAGUGCUAUAUCUCAUUAUUUGCAGAUAGGGGGGCUCCGUGUGUAAAUGAUGAUGAAGGUCGAAGAGAGAUAGAAAUGUUCGAGCCUGAAUCUGACUCUGGAUGCCUGACUCCAGUACCGCCUGAAAAUGGAUUCAUCCGGAAUGAGAAACGUUACUACUCAGUUGGAGAAGAGGCUGAAGUUGUCUGCCUGGAUGGACAUAAUCUCAACGGGUACCAGUUCCUUAGGUGCCUUCCGGACAAAACAUGGAAUCAACAUGCUGUUGAAUGUGAACCAUCGGCUUGCUCCAAGCCAUUGGUCUCUGACGCCAUCGUGAUUUCCCCAUUUAAACUUCAAUACCAGAUUGGGGACACCAUCCAGAUGAAUUGCCCAGAUGGUUUCAUUCUCAUGGGCCAAACGAAAUACACCUGUGGGAAUGACCUGUCCUGGACCCCAGCUGUUUUGGAAUCUCUGUCUUGCAAGAAACGUCAGCAGAUCCGUUCCAGAGGCAACUGCAGGCUUGGACAGAAAGAGGUGGAGUCUCAAUGCGUGUGUAUGUCUCCCGAGGAGGACUGUGACCUCAGCUCAGAAGACUUCUGUGUACUGAAUGUCACUUCUGCUCAAGCCUCAACAAAACCGGGCUGCCAGUAUCUGGCAGAGAAGUGCAGGGGCGAGGAUCAGCUCCACUUCCUCCAUCUCGGCCCCUGCAACUAUGACACCGAUUUGAACUGGGCGACUGAGAGGGCAAGUCUUUCAGCAAACAGCACGAGGAAGGUGCCCUGCGGAUACAAUGAGUGUUAUGACUGGGAAAUAUGUUCAGAACAUCAGUCAAAGUGUACCUGCUUGCUUGCAUACCAGUGCCCAAAGGAUCAGGGCCCGUUCUACUGUAUCCAGAUUGGAUCUGGCCAUCGGAAGAGAACAUCCACCCUGUGCACAUUGGGGACAAUUAAAUGUGCCAAAAUGAGGACAAGGUUGUUGUAUCCUGGGAAGUGUGUGCCUUAA